CAAUACAGGGAAGAGCAAUGAUUGUGGGAACCGUGGCGGAGUUCUGAAGAUAAGGUUGAAUUGUCAUCAAACAUUUACUAUGUGUACAUAAUAUACCAGUAACAAUAUGCCUAAAACACAACUCUCCCCAUCACAGUCCCAAACAGAUUAUUUUACAAAAUGUGUUUUUUAGUAUGAAUAGAUACAUAACUAUAAUUUCCAACAAAAUAUGACCUAAGGAUAUCAUAGAAACUAAGGUUUACACAUUUCUUGACAAAAAUAGUAUACAGUAAAUUGCAUGUCCCAAAAGUUAAUUAUGCAUCUGACAGAAUUCAAUGCAAGUCUCCUCAUCAUGAACAAUAUAGACCUGUCAAGAGAUGACAAGUGAUAUUUACUAAUACAAACUUAUAUCACCUCAAUCUUCUCAAAUGUUCAUGCAACAAUUUGGUUAUACAGUAAGCCACCAUCUUGUUUGUACAGACCACUAAUCAAAGUAUACAACAUGUGCAGUUGCUGCAUUUGGCUGACAAAAAAAGUACACAUUUAUUUAAAAAAUUUACUCCCAAUGCUGAGCAGUGUUAAUUGAGUUUCAGUGAAAGGAGCAUAUAUCUAGAUGGAAAGCUUCUGUUUAGACAAUUAUCCAGAUAACAGUAACAGAGAAUGUACAAUACUGUGUACUACUAGUAUAUAUAACUUUUAGUACAAGCAGGGUUCGAGAUAUACAUACUUAACUUGCAAUUUGCACAUAAUUUUCAAGAUUUGCACGCAAAAAUAUUCUGAACUUGCAAUCUUGCAUGUUGAAAAUACCUCUCAGGAAUUAGACAUCCUACUCUAAGACAGAACGACAUAUGGACGUCUGUCCUUUUCCUUCCUUGUUUUUGCCGAUAACUUUCCCUGGUAGCUUCACAAGAUGUUAUCAAAAUUUGCCGAUUCAAGCUUGCGACCCUUGUCAAGAUCGCUGCCUAGUUGUAUUUUGCAUGUAAAUUUUUCAAAUUGCACGUAAUAUUAGCACGUAGCAAAAAAAAAAGUAAUUUGAUCCCUGAUAAGGAACUGUAGAAAGCUUGCAAAUCUGGUUCUUCCAGUGCAACAAGGACACAAUUGUUAUGAUGAUUACUUCUUUUGUUUCAUUCAGAUAACAUCAAUGAUGAUCAAGGUAAACAAUGCCUCUUGAAACCUGAACAGACAAGUGGGUUGAUAUUCUUCACUUCUAACAAGCUGACCAAGAGUUCAGGGAUGACAUACUGCUGGGGCAUUUUGAAGAAAGGUUGCCAUGGACAUGUCAGUUUACUAAACCAUUUUAUGGCAAUGAAUAUCUUGUGUUCACCCAGCCAUUAACAGUAGGAUUACUCCUGACUAAUCCUUCGUGCAGGCACACAUGACAUAUACGCCAUGACAUCAUAACGGCGCCUGCAAACCUGCAGCAAACAGGAUCUGUCCUCAUCAUCACAUCAUUUAUAGGAUUUCUGGCUAUAUGUUGUAUAUUUCAUGCAGCAUUUGAAUUAUGAUGAUCAUCUUCUACGCAGCUCGACAGCCCCUACAUACAGAGAACUGGAAAUAACAGCCAACAUCAAGGAGGGCAUCUAGAGCAACUGGGUGCUGCUGUAUGGGCACCCACACACUGGUGCUCAGCAAAGGAGAAAGCAACUGUUGACAGGAAAGAGGCAGAAAAACAACACGAGAGACCAAUUCUCCAUGCAUCAAUAAUGUGUGUUGACAUGAUGAUAUGGAAUCAUCACGAGAGCAGCAGCGGGGAAGCAGUGCUUAGCUGAAAUUACAGCUUUACACUGUGAGCCACCAUCACAGGAGGUAUGGCAUCUGCUGUGGUCUCCAACACGUCAACAGCCAAUGGCACAGUUACAGUCCCUCCAGACACCAUGCCUGCUGUACUUGGGCCAGUGGGAACUACUGUUGCCAUCCUUUUUCUACUCUUUGGAGUUUUUGGAAAUGUAGUGACGAUCAUAGUCUCCUGGAAGCUGAACAAGCAAAAAAAGCAGUGGACUCAUGCGCUUGUCAUCAGUGUGGCUGUUGUAGAUUUAGCAUUCAGCUUAUUUCAGAUGCCACUGAACAUUGAUACAUAUAUCCACCUUGGAUGGAACACUUCAACUGUGCUAUGUCGGAUCCAUGCUUAUGUUCCAAGCAUUGCUAUUACAAUACAGGCGACUCAUACUGCAUACAUAAUCUUCCUCAAGCACCUGAUUGUAGUUCACAACAUUAAGAACAUCCCAGAAGGGAAGACGAACUACUUAGUGAUUGUACUCCUUUGGGCACUGCCAGCCCUCUUUGUCCUCUUUGGUGUCUUCUGCCUUGAGCAGAACAACAUUGUGUAUGUCCCAAAGAUGCUUAGAUGCACUGUUAAGCUCUGCCGGCAUUCAAAAAUAGGCAUGGGGGCUCUGGUCAUGUUGUUAGUUACCAUCACUUACAGCCAAGGCCGAAUUUACUGGUAUGUAAAAAAGAGUCACAACAGUAUACAGGAUUGUAACGUGGCGCCAACUGUCAACAAUAUCAACAGGAUCCAUCGACAGAAAGAGGCCACGCUUGCUAAAACAUUUACUAUCACAUUUCUGGCUGUCUUGACAGCAUACACACCAAUGACCAUCCUCAAGGCUGUGGACACAGAAAUGGAACAACCACCAGCGCUGUAUUUCUUCUGUACAGCAAUGUUUUGGACAGCAGCAUUUGUAAACCCAACAGUGUAUUUUUUAACGAAUAAAAAGUUCAGAGGAACUUGCCUGUCGCUGUUUGUGCCACAACAGCAACAGAGCCAACCAACCAACCAACAUUUUCAUCUAUUGGAGAAAAAGAGACAACCAAUGGAGGCACAGGGGCAACCAAUGGAAGGGCAAGGGCAGCCAAUGGCAGCACAGAGGCCACCAAUGCUAUUAAUGGCAGCACAGGGGCAACCAAUGGAAGGGCAAGGGCAGCCAAUGGUGGCACAGGGGCAACCAAUGGAAGGGCAAGGGCAGCCAAUGGCAGCACAGAGGCAACCAAUGGAAGGGCAAGGGCAGCCAAUGGAGGCAAGGGGGAAGCCAAUGGAGGCACAGGGGCAACCAAUGGAGGCACAGAAAAAUUAAGCCAAUGAGACAGAGACCCAAUGGAGACCCAGAGGAAACAUAUUAAGAAUAAUAGACAAAAACAAGUUAAAGUUGAUUAAUUUUGCAAUUAGCCCUAUGACAUGAAUUUGCAAUAAAAUAUUUCAAUUAAUUUUAUAAAUAAUUCCCAUGUUUUCUACAUUUCUACAAUGUACUUAUGGCAAAUAUGUGAUACUAUAUAUUAAACAUAGAUUCAACUUGUCAU